AUCACUAAUCAAACAGGUUGUAAACAAAUCUCUGAAAAAUAGCAACAGUUUAGAAAAAAAAAGUACUAUUCCUGCAUGCCCGUGUUAAAAUGCGUUUCCACAUGAAGAGCGGCAGCGAGGACAACGACAUUGUGGCAGCCACAGCCACCGCCGAGCACAUCCGUAAGUUCGUUUUCAGCGGAUCCCCCGCCGAGCGCCUGGAGAUCAAAAUACCCGAGCUGCUCCAGGGAGCGUACUCCUUCUACACGUGGCCUUGUGCCCCAGUACUAGCCCACUUUCUUUGGGAGCGACGACAGACGCUGGCCGGAAAGCGCAUUCUGGAGCUGGGGAGCGGCACCGCCUUGCCCGGCAUUCUGGCCGCCAAGUGCCGCGCCCAGGUGGUGCUCACCGACAACUGCAUCCUGCCCAAGUCGCUGGCCCACAUCCGCAAGUCCUGCCUGGCCAACCAGCUGCAGCCGGGCGUCGACAUCGAUGUGGUGGGCCUGAGUUGGGGCCUACUGCUGAACAGCGUGUUCCGACUCCCACCUCUGGACCUCAUCAUUGCCGCCGACUGCUUCUACGAUCCUAGUGUUUUCGAGGACAUUGUGGUAACGGUGGCCUUUCUGCUGGAACGGAAUGCCGAGGCCAAGUUCAUAUUCACAUACCAGGAGCGGAGCGCCGACUGGUCCAUCGAGGCGCUGCUCAAGAAGUGGAAACUGCAGGCAUUGCCCAUCAGCAUGGACGACAUUGGCAAAGAGUCGGGCGUGGAUCUGCUUGAGUUUAUGGGCGGACAUACUAUACACCUGCUUGAAAUCACGCGCGUCGAAAGCGGUGGCACAAUAAAUUCUAUAUAACAGUUUUA